AUGCCCAUACACACAAACGCUGAGCUGGACACGAUCGAGCAGGAGCCGCGGUACCGCCCCGAGGACAUCAACGCACUCUGCCGCACGACGCACUUCACGCGGGCGGAGCUGCAGCGCCUCUACCGGAGCUUCAAAGACAGGUGCCCGACGGGGGUGGUGCGCGAGGACGCCUUCAAGGAACUCUACUUUCAAAUGUUUCCAAAGGGAGCCAGUUCCAGCAAGUACCCUCACUACGUUUUCAACAACUUGGACAAGGAGAGCACGGGCAUUAUCAACUUCGAGGACAUGAUCAAACUCCUCUCCCGCCUCUCCCGCGGCUCACUGGACGACCGCCUCAAGUGGAUCUUUUCCCUCUACGACCUGAACGGCGACGGUUGCAUCACGCGGCAGGAGAUGACGGACGUGGUGCAGGCGGUGUAUGAUCUGAUGGGCAAACAUACCGACACCCCUGUGGACGAACAGACGGUGGGACAGAAGGUGGAGACGCUCUUCACGACACUGGACCUCAACAAGGACGGAGUCAUCACGCUAGAUGAGUUCACGGAAGCGUGUGGACGGGACGGCACCAUCGCCUACAACAUCGAGGCUAUGCUGCAGUGUGACGUCACGGCUCUCAAUCCCGCUGACGCCGCCCCUUCAGACACCGACUCCAGGGGCAUCAGCAGGUGACGCCACUACUCGCCUCGGAGGGAGCGGAACUCCUGCUUCGUCAGGGCAACGUCAUGAAUUCAUUAUUAGUACUGUUAUCCCUUAGGAGUCGAUAGAGUACGCACCUAUUUGAGUGCUGGAAGGCGCAGAAGCAGUUGUGACUACAGACCUGUCGAGCCUCGACUAAGGAUUCUGUGUUUAGACUUCUUGGCCUCGACUAGGCGUCAUUUAGUGAGGAAAAUAGUGUUCUCCAAUAACCCUUACAGAGCUAAUGACCUCCGCUGCUGAGUCCUUUAGUUUCCAACUCUAAUAACCAGGCGAUCAGAGUAGGAGAGUAAGCUCGUGGCAGCUUGUUCGUUUUCUCAGUCUGCCUUGGCUGGGCAAUGUGAGGAUGGUCACGCCUGACCUGUACCAGCUGUGGGGUGUGUAGUGGCUAGCGGCUCUCCCAGGGCUGGUUAUCGUUUGUUGACUUAUUAAAAGCCCCGGAGGCCAGGAAGGAACGAGCAAGGG